AUGGAAGAAACAAUCAAACUCACCCCCAUCGACCUCCUCAUGCCCCGCGGCUACAUCCGCUUCAAUUUCCACUUCUCCCUCACCUUAUCCAACCAAGCCGCCACCCCCACCCAUCUCGAGCUCAGCUUCUCACGUCUCCUCAAAGAAAUCCCCUUACUCGGCGGCUUCAUCCACCAACGCGAAGACACCACCCUCGAGAUCCGACUUCUCCCAAACCACCCUCGCCACAGCUUCCACAUCAGAGACUUCACUAAAGACCCUACCGCCACUGCUGCGCAAUACGCACCCGUGGAAUGGGCGAUCCAGGGGAAAGCAGACGCUCCCGUCUCCGCCGCACAGGCGAACUUUACUUCAGAUGGGCUUGUCCUUUGCAUCUGUAUGCACCACGCCAUCACCGACGGACCGGGGCUAGCGACGGUAGUACGACGCUGGAGCGAGCACUGCCACGACGUCGCCAACAGUACGAACUUCGCUAUCUCUCGACCCCUCUCGAAGGAAUGCUGUGACAGGACGCCGCUGCUCAACCAGGGCAUUGAGAACACCGCUCUAACACAUCUAGCAGAAGAUAUGAUCAAGAAACGAGAUGCACAAGGCUACGACUACAGCCUUCUACCCGGCCUCGCGAUCCCAGACAUGCCCGUCCACAUCUUCCGCAUCGACGAGCCCAAGCUCGCGGAGCUGAAAGGAAGUGUAGAUGCGUACAUCAAGGCCGUGGAUGCGAGCAAAUGGGUGUCCACGCACGACGUCCUCUGCGCUUACCUGUGGCACUCGAUAUCGCGCGCCCGCGCCCGUGUACUCCCAGCUCUGAUCUCUGAUGCUGGUAGCGUAGAGGGGAAGAAAACGAGCAGGCUCAUCACCGCGGCUAAUAUGCGCGCCGAACUCAUUCCUCCCCUGCCAGCCGAUUAUAUGGGAAAUGCGAAUGUCCAUCCUCUCGCUAAGCGGCCUCUUAAAUGCUUGACGUCCACGGUUGUGGAUGCGCUGGCGGGAACGGCGGUGGCGAUUCGGAAAUCGAUCACCGAUACUGAUGAUGCCUACGCCCGCAACCUCUGCCAUGUUAUUGAACACCUUCCGCCUUGGGACGUGGGGAAAGUCAAUAAUCCUGUCUGUGACUUCGAAGCGCAUGGGGAGUAUGAUAUCGAUAUCACGAGCUGGCUGACCUUUGGGGUUAGGGAUAUGGAUUGGGGGAGUAAGCUGGGGAGGCCGGGGAAGAUGAGACGAGUGGUGUUACCUGGGCAGAGCGGGUUGGAUGGGCGGUGUGGGAUUUUGCCUAGGACCAGUGAGGGCGGGAUGGAGGUCAUGGUUUCUUUGAAGGAGGAGAGUAUGAGGGCUUUGAUGAAGGACGAGUUUUUUAAGGGGAUGGCGAGUUUGGGGAGUUGGUAG